UCAGGGUCACUAACCACUACGCCAUUCUACAGACAUAAUCCUUUCACCACGACCUGAACCCUCCUCUUCCAGUGGGCGGCGAGGUGUCUUCAGACACGAUGCUGGUGGACUUCCUCCGCGAGCGGCUGGAGCUGCGCGGCACCAAGUACAUGUGUCGGGAGGGCGGCUGCGGCGCCUGCGUCGUGGCCGCUAGAGAUGGACACCGGACCUUCUCGAUUAACUCUUGCCUGAUCUCAGUACUCCAGUGCCAAGGCUGGGAGAUCACGACAGUGGAGGGGCUCGGGGACCGGCUGCGGGGCUACCACCCCGUGCAGCGCACCCUGGCGGAGUACGACGGAACCCAGUGCGGGUUCUGUAGCGUGGGCUGGGUCAUGAGCAUGUACAGUCUAUUGGAAUCGAAUCACUAUGACCUUACGGAGUAUGAAAUAGAGGACGCUUUUGGCAGCAACAUUUGCCGCUGUACUGGCUACAGGCCCAUCCUUGAUGCUUUCAAGAGUUUCGCUAAAGAUGGACCUAAACCCAAAGACAAAAACAUAAGCCUCUCGAAUGAAGCCACUGAAGGACCUAGCACCAGUAACGAUACCGAUCUUCUACGAUCCAAUGAAACAAAUGACACCAACAAAAUAGAUACGCAAUGUAAUGAAAUAAAUGACAUAGAAGAUUUAAAGAUAUGCAAGAACAAAGGUGCAAACUGCCGAAAGUCUUGCAAAGGCAAAGAUGACUGGUGUUUUGUUACAAAAGAAGAUGUUGAAGAUAAAAUUGUUAAGAAGAUAAAAUUGAAAGACCACAGGGUGUACUACAGGGUCAAUGAAAUUCAGGAUAUUUUUGAUGUUUUGAAAGAAGAAGGCACAGAGUCAUACAUGCUGGUUGGCGGUAAUACUGGAAAAGGAGCCUAUCACAUAUUCGAAUAUCCAAGGGUGCUGAUAGAUAUAGGACCAGUCUUAGAACUAAAGAAGUACUACAUCGAUCAAAACCUAGUGAUAGGAGCUGGGACCACACUGACAGCUCUCAUGGAAAUAUUCCUGGAUAUUUCAAGAGAGCAUGAAGAGUUUGCUUACUUGAUCAAGCUGUAUGAGCAUCUGAAUUUGGUGGCGCAUAUUCCUGUUAGAAAUGUUGGGACAGUGGCUGGAAACCUGAUGGUGAAACACCGAGUUCCAACGUUUUCUUCAGAUGUGUUUUUACUUAUGGAGACUAUUGGGGCUACGUUAACCAUUUUGGAUAUAUCCGGAAAAGUAAUUGAAACCACCCCUGAAAAGUUCUUGCCAAUGGAUAUGACCAGUAAAUUGAUCGUCAACCUCAAGAUUCCACCGCUUUCCAACAACUACCAUUUCGUUUCAUUUAAGAUCAUGCCUCGAGCGCAAAACGCUCACGCAUCCGUGAACUCAGCCUUUCUCUACAAAUUCAACCCUGAUGAUAAAGAAACUGUAGUAUCAGCCAGAAUAGUGUUCGGCGGUAUAUCAGCUACGUUUGUCCAUGCGAAGAAAACUGAAGAAUUUGUCGUCGGUAAACAAGUGUUUACGAACAAAAUACUACAAGAGGCUCUGAAAGUUUUAGAAGCUGAAUUGGAUGUCAAGGAAAUUCCAGGUGAAUUUAAACCGGAAUUCAGGAAGAAGCUUGCACUGGGAUUGUUUUAUAAGGGUCUCAUCACAAUAAUCCCGGAAAAGCGCCUAAAGCCCCGUUACAGGUCUGGAAUCCGAGACUUUCGUAAAACUCGACCGGUGUCUAAAUCAGCAGACGUCUAUGACACAAACCCCAUAAUCUGGCCAAUCACAGAGCCGAUGCCAAAGGUGGAAGCCUUGAUCCAGUGUGCAGGAGAGAUCAAGUAUGUGAAUGAUGUGCCGAAGCAAGCGAGGGAGGUGCAUGUAGCAUUUGUGACCAGCGAUGUGGCUACGGGAGAGAUCCUUGACAUAGACCCGUCACCGGCUUUGAAAUAUCCAGGCGUUCUAGCCUUUUUCUCCGCCAAAGAUAUACCUGGCAAGAACACCUUCAUGUCCACCCGAAUCGGACUGCCGAUCAUUGUAAGCCCUGAAGAAAUACUGGCUGACAAAACUGUCAAGUAUUACGAUCAAGCCAUUGGGUUAAUAGUAGCUGAGAGCGAAGCGGUAGCCCAAAGAGCAGCAUUGCUUGUUCAAGUUAAAUACAAGACUGAAAAGAAACCUCCUCUUCUUCUGAUCAAUCAAGUCAGAAGCGAAGACCCGAGUAGAGUAUCAGUAUUCUUUGUUCUUCCUGCUAGAGAUCGUGGAACAGAUGUCCAACGAGUGAUAAAGAAUCAGACGAAUAUUUUCUCUCAAUAUCAUUUUACGAUGGAGACAAUAAGUUGUGUGGCCCGGCCAAGUGAUGAUGGUAUUGAGGUGAUACCGUCUUCUCACUACCCGGAUAACAGCCAGUGUGUGGUGUCAGAAGCGCUGAAUAUUCCACAGAACAGAGUGACCAUGCGUAUCGGGCCUCAAGGCGGGUCUUACGGCAGCCGACUCACUCGCAGCUCACAAGUAGUCGCCGCCUGCUCACUUGUGAGUCACCUGAUGAACCGACCGGCGCGUAUGGUGCUCAGCAUACAGGGGAAUAUGAGGGUUAUCGGGAAACGGUUCCCUUGCACUAGGGAUUUUGAGGUCGGAGUCAACAGCAAGGGCGAGAUCCAGUACCUCCAGUACAAUUUCUACGAAGAUAACGGCUACGUGUUCUCUGAAGCCAUCAUCUACCUCGCAAUAAACAGCGUAAGGAAUGCCUACGAGAGCCGCCGCUGGCAGUACCAGAUGUUCAAUGUGCUUACGGAUAAUGCGUCUAAUAGCUGGUGCAGGGCUCCAGGAACACUGGAGGCAAUAGCCAUGACCGAGUACAUAAUGGAGCAAAUAUCCUACGAAUUAGACCUAGAUCCGCUUGAAGUGAGAAUGAACAACAUAAGCAAAACAGAUCCAGUUAUACAAAGAAUUGUGGAAAAACUCACCAAAGACAGCGAUUACUACAAAAGAAAGGAAGAAGUGCAAAGAUUCAACAAAGAAAGCAGAUGGAAGAAACGGGGACUAGGAGUGGCGUUGUUAAGCUGGUCAUCAAUAAUAUUGACCGAUUUCCAAGUAUUCCUAACAGCAUACCACGGAGACGGAACAGUAAUCGUUGAACACGGAGGAGUAGAAAUCGGCCAAGGGAUCAACACUAAAGUCACUCAAGUGGUCGCAUUCACUUUAAACAUAUCGAUAGAUAAAGUAAGAGUGAAGACCGUCAAAGAAAUCGACGUGAUUCCAAAUAGCGUGCAAACUGGGGCCAGUACGACGUCUGAAUCCGUAUGUUACGGUGCGAUUAAAUGCUGCCAGUUGCUUCUUGAGCGUUUGACUCCGUUUCGGCAGAAUUUGAAUGAUGCAUCGUUUGAGGUAUUGGUGCAGCUAGCAUGGAAAGCUGGUGUUAAUCUGCAGACCAGUUAUCAUACCAGCUCGAAUGACUCGAGUGCGUAUCGUGCGGAUGGAGCGGCGGUGGCGGAAGUUGAGCUUGAUGUGUUGACUGGCGAGCAUGAGGUGUUGAGAGUCGAUCUCAUUGAAGAUGUGGGUACUAGUAUCAACCCGUCGUCGGAUAUUGGUCAGAUCGAAGGUGCUUUCAUCAUGGGCAUGGGCUACUGGACAACGGAACACCUGAUAUACGACUCUCAGACCGGCGAGUUGCUGACCGAUCGCACCUGGUACUACCACGUGCCUCAAGCCAAGGACAUACCGCUGGACUUCAGGGUUCAGCUGCUGAGGAACUCCAAUAAUCCGGUCGGUGUCUUGGGAGCCAGGGUGGUCGGUGAACCAGCUACGUGCGUAGCUAUAGUCGUGGGAUUCGCGCUCCACGACGCCAUUGCCGCUUCCAGGGAGGACACCGGAUAUCCGAGAAACAAGUGGUUCAACGUUGAUGGUCCCUACACAAUAGAAGCCAACGUUUUAAAAGCAGAUGUCGGCUUGAAUGAGUUUUUGUAUGAUUAGAUAAGGGCUGUCUUGUAUAGGCCAGGUAAAGGUUACCUUAAUUAUUUAAGUACUUUUGUUAAUCAAAUUUAAGGCAUAAUUACUUACUUAAUAUUAAUGAAAACAACCGAAAAUUAGAUAGUUAUUGGAAUAUCUAAAUAGCUAAUAAUAAAAUUUAAAUUUUAAUUAAUAAAAAAUCUUGUAUAUUUUAGUGACUGCGUAGAAUCAUUUAAUAUAAUUUAUGUUAUAAGUAUUAUAAUAUACUUCAUUCUUAUUAUUGU